CAAGAGGAAGGAGGUUGCUAUUGGAAGACCGAGAUACGAGGGAGAGGUCGGCUAGCAUACCGACGUGUGAAUGAGAGGCUAACUAGCAUGCUAGCACAUGAAGGGAAGGUUGAUCGGCAUGCUCGGAAGGGGCUGCCUAGUGUGUUAGGUUUACUAGCACACAAGGUCGGACAAGCUACCGGGCUGGCGUUGCGAGGGGCUAGUGUGGGAGGUACGAUCAUGCCGGCGUAUAAGGCGGGGACUAUCGAGGAGA